ACGCGCCUCACGGAUCAAAGAGCGAAAUGUGUUGAUCGGCCUUUACUGGACAUUCAUUGAACGGGCUAAGGAUAUUCAAAGGAUGGAUUUGGAAAUGGUGAAUAUGUUCGUCAUUGCCGGUGGGACAUUGGCGAUACCAAUCGUGGCAUUUGUAGCCUCCUUCCUGCUCUGGCCUGCAGCACUUAUUAAAGUCUACCACUGGUACUGGCGGAGAAGGCUGGGAAUGCAGGUGGAUUAUGCAGAAUAUGAAGGAUAUCGCUUCUGUUAUUCUCACAGAGGGACUCCAAGCACACGGCCGUCUGUCCUCAUGUUACAUGGCUUCUCUGCACACAAGGACAUGUGGCUCGCCAUGAUCAAGUUUCUCCCUAGAAAUGUGCACUUGGUGUGCGUUGACAUGCCCGGACAUGAAGGCACCACACGGACCAGUGCCGUGGAUUAUUCCAUAGAGGGCCAAGUCAGACGCAUACAUCAGUUUGUGAAGAGUGUCCAGCUGAACAAAAAGCCUUUCCACCUGGUCGGCACGUCCAUGGGCGGAAAUGUCGCUGGAGUUUAUGCUGCACGUCACCCGUCUGAUCUCUGCGGUCUAACGCUCAUCUGUCCGGCAGGUCUUCAGUAUCCUACUGAAAGUACGUUUGUUCAGCGUUUGAGGGAACUGGAAAAGACUCAGGAUAGUGACGGGAUUCCACUCAUACCCUCCACACCAGAAGAGAUGGAGGAAAUGCUGAAAUUAUGCUCUUUCGUGCGCUUUAAGAUCCCUAAACAGAUUCUUCAAGGACUGGUUGACGUUCGCAUUCCAAACAAUGACUUCUACCGAGAGUGCUUCAUGGAGCUUGUAGGAGAGAAAUCGAGACACUCUUUACAUGAGAACAUGCAUCUCAUCUCAGCUCCUCUACAAGUGAUUUGGGGGAAAAAUGACCAGGUGCUAGACGUGUCUGGAGCUUCGGUUCUGGCUGAGGCCGUUCCGGGUUGCCAGGUUCAUCUCUUAGACAACUGUGGCCACUCUAUAGUGAUGGAACGGCCAAGAAAAUCUGCCCAGCUCAUGAUGGACUUUAUCAUCGCACAAAAGAACGCAGGGAGCAACAGCAAGAAGAAACGUUCCUAAGACUGGACUGUCUAUUUGUAUAAUGUAUGCAGGGCCGUAGCAAAGAAUUCUGGGCCCCCUGACUAUAUAUUGCUCUGGGCCCCUUUCUUCUUUAAAUAAUACAGUUUAAAAUUUGUUGUGGGCCCCCUGGACAUUUGGUCCCCUUGAAUCAUUACCACCUUUCACCCCACUAACUACGGUCCUGAAUGUUGGGUUUGGUGGUGCAUAAAAGUUAAGGAUCUUCAGCUGCAAACACAAAGCUUGUUGGUUCAAUCCCAAGAAAUGUUUAAAUUACAGAGAUCAUAGUACUGCUAUGUUAACCUUGUACCUUUGAGCUUGGCACUCAGUUGAACAGUCUGUGCAGUCUGUGCACUAAAAGAUGCUUUGGAUAAAAGCGUCUUUUGAAUAACAAGUACCAAUAUUUCCACUUUGUACGUAAUCAGAGAGAUAUUUUUUUAAGUGAAUGCUCAGGGAUGCAAACUAACCUCCGAUUUGAAGAAAAGCACUUAAGAAUCUAUGCAGAUACAAACCAACCUUAAUGUUAGCAAGUAAUGCAGAUAAAGACAUCCCUGCAUCCCUUAUAAAGGGGAAACAGCAGAAGUAAUUCUGACUGACUGAGCGAGAAGAACAUUUUGCAAGUGAUGCCCAAAAUGCCUCCAGUUCGACAGUAAAUUCCCCAUCAAUCACUGUCAGAAUCGAAUCAUAUACAGCAGGUAAUGCAAAAAUGCAGACAGAUGCCCUAAAACGCUGUCUAGACAGACAAAUCAAUAGAUAUUUUAUGCCCAUUCCUUUUACAUUGUUUCUAAUGUACGUUUCGGGCCAGUUUGACCGACUGUUUGGUGGUGAAACUCAUGUGAACAACAUAAAUACUGUAGAUUUAUUACUACAUGGAGUUCAUAUAACUUAUAGUCCAGGACACUUAAACAUACAAAGCUUGUAACAUUGGACAUGUGAUAUAAUCAUCUUUAAUAAGUAUUUUUGGAAUUAUGCAGACUAUUUAAUGAGUUUGUUUGGGUAUUCUUAAAUUAAACUGGUGAA